AUGAAGAAUGCUGUCUCGCUCAAGCGAGACUUUGGUAGCUUGAGCGAGACUUCGUGGGUAUAUAUAUUUGGAGGUUCAGAACUGCGAAAUCAGCUUGGAAUUUUGGGAGAGAAAAGAGGUCAGGUUCCUGAAGAUCAAUUAGCAUUUGACCCGGAGAUAGAAAAGACAGCUAGAAGGAACAGAGGCAAAAGCAAAAAGAAGCAAGGAAAGACAAGGGAAGAAUCUUCCAGUACUUCCAUCACACCUCAAUCAGAAAACAUGGAGAAUCAAAGACCAGCUCCAGCCAGGAAGACACUUGGAGACUAUGCUAUGCAACAAGGGCCAAGAUAUUUUUCUAGCAUAGCAAUACCAUCCACCACUAAAACUCUGGAGAUGAAGCCAGCUUUCCUCAGCUUGAUCAGUUCUCAUCAAUUCACUGGAAUGGAUAAUGAAGAUCCAUACACUCAUCUCUCUACAUUCUAUGAAUUGAUAGGAACCAUGGGCUUUCAAGAAGGAGAUCUUGAGCAUGUAUACAUGCGUUUGUUUCCUUUUUCUUUGGCAGGUAAAGCAAAGGAAUGGCUUAAGUCACAUCCAAAUCAGAGUUUGAACAGCUGGAAGGAUGUUGAGGAGAAAUUUUUGAACAGAUUCUUUCCACCGUCUCGCUACAUCAAAGCCAAAGCUGAUAUUUCAACGUUUAGGCAAGGACCAGAUGAGCCAUUCUGUGAAGCCUGGGAGCGGUUCAAUUCCUUAUUGAGGAAAUGCCCAAAUCACGGAUUUGAGGAUAUUGCUCAGUUGAACAUAUUCUGUAAUGGUCUGAGGCCUGACACCAAGAUGAUAUUAGAUGCAGCAGCAGGUGGAACAAUGAUGAGUGUAGAUGCGGAGCAAGCAACAAGAAUCAUUGAGGCAUUAGCAUCCACAGAUCAUCAAGCUCAGCAUAAUAGGCAGACUGUUCAGAGGAAGGGAGUGCUUGAUCUUAGUACUACAGAUGCGAUCUUAGCUCAGAAUAAGAUUCUGACUCAACAGAUUGAAGCAUUGACGAAGCAAAUGUCUAAAUUACCAGAGCAGUUGCAAGUUGUGCAAUCUUCUCCUAGUCAACAACCCAUGAGAUGUGACUUCUGUGGAGGAGAUAAUCCAAAUGGUCAUUGUUCUUAUCAGAAUAACUCACAAGGAGAAGUUCAAUAUGUGAGCAACCAAGGAAGACCAGGUAAUUUUUCCAACAAUAAUAAUUUUUCACAGGGGUGGAGAAACAAUCCAAAUCAGAAUUUUGGAUGGAAGCAAGAUGCUGGUCCUUCAAACAGACAACCUCCUUAUCAACAACAGCAACAACACUAUCCUUCGGUGCAUGACAGAACAUCUAAACUGGAGGAUACUUUAGAAAAGUUUAUGCAAGCUUCUUUGACUAAUCAGAAGAAUACAGAAGCUUCAAUCAGAAAUCUCGAAACACAGGUUGGACAGUUGGCGAAACAAUUAUCAGAUCAGCAGACAAGUCAAUUUUCAGCCAACACACAGACUGAUCCCAAGGAGCAUUGUAAAUCUAUUACCACCCGAAGUGGUAAAGUUGUGGGAAGAGGGAUUGGAGACAACCUGGGUGUAGAGGAGGAGAUUAACAUUCCUUUUGUGGAAGCUAUGGAGCAGAUGCCGACAUAUGCAAAAUUCAUGAAAGAGCUCCUAACAAAGAAAAGAAAAUUUUCUGAAAAGACAGUGGAGCUAGAAGCAGGAAUUCAUAUGGAGCAAGACUACAAGCCUGUAGCACAACCUCAGCGGCGAUUGAAUCCAACCAUGAAAGAGGUGGUCAAGAAAGAAGUAAUGAAGUUACUUGAUGCAGGUAUGAUCUAUCCAAUCUCCGACAGUGCCUGGGUCAGCCCGGUCCAGGUAGUUCCAAAAAAAGGAGGUAUGACUGUUAUUUGUAAUGAUAAAAAUGAAUUAAUUCCUACUAGAACAGUCACAGGUUGGAGAAUGUGUAUAGAUUAUAGAAAAUUAAAUCAGGCCACUAGGAAAGAUCAUUUUCCUUUACCUUUCAUGGAUCAAAUGCUAGAAAGGUUAGCAGGGCAAGCUUUCUAUUGUUUUCUGGAUGGAUAUUCUGGUUAUAAUCAAAUUGCAGUGGAUCCAGAAGACCAAGAAAAAACUGCUUUUACUUGUCCUUUUGGUGUGUUUGCUUACAGGAAAAUGCCGUUUGGAUUGUGUAACGCACCAGCAACCUUUCAACGAUGCAUGCUUGCAAUUUUUUCGGACUUGGUGGAAAAAUGCAUAGAAGUCUUUAUGGAUGACUUCUCUGUAUUUGGGGCUUCAUUUGAUCAAUGCCUGGAAAACUUAAACACUGUACUGAAGCGGUGUGUUGAUACUAAUCUGGUUUUGAAUUGGGAAAAGUGCCAUUUUAUGGUAACUGAAGGUGUGGUGCUGGGUCACAAAAUCUCUGCCAAAGGUAUUGAAGUUGAUAAAGCUAAAGUGGAGAUCAUUGAAAAGCUGCCACCACCCAAAAACGUAAAGGGUAUCAGGAGUUUUCUAGGCCAUGCUGGGUUCUACAGACGAUUCAUCAAAGAUUUCUCCAGAAUUGCCAAACCACUCAGCAAUCUGCUCAAUAAGGAUACACCUUUUAAUUUUGAUGUUGAAUGUUUGCAUGCAUUUGAAUUGUUAAAACAGAAAUUGGUUUCAGCUCCUGUGAUAAUUGCUCCUGAUUGGAAUUUAGGCUUUGAAUUAAUGUGUGAUGCAAGUGACUAUGCCAUAGGAGCAGUUUUAGGACAGAGAAAAUCCAAAGUUUUUCAUGCUAUACACUAUGCUAGCAAAGUCCUUAAUGAAGCUCAAAUUAAUUAUGCAACAACUGAAAAGGAAUUGCUAGCUAUAGUUUAUGCAUUGGAAAAAUUUAGAGCAUAUUUGAUUGGUUCAUCUGUCACUGUAUAUACUGAUCAUGCUGCAAUUAAAUAUUUGUUAACCAAAUCUGAUUCAAAACCAAGACUAAUUAGAUGGAUCUUAUUGUUGCAGGAAUUUGAUUUGGUGAUUAAGGACAAAAAGGGAAGUGAAAACUUUGUAGCUGAUCAUUUGUCUAGAUUGGUGAAUACUGAGGUGACCAACACUCAAUCAGAGGUGCAGGAGGAGUUUCCUGAUGAAAAAUUGAUGAUGGUGCAGGAAAGGCCAUGGUUUGCUGACAUGGCAAAUUUCAAAGCUGCCGGGGUUAUACCUGAAGAUCUUAAUUGGCACCAGAAGAGGAAAUUCCUGAGAGAUGCACACCAAUAUGUGUGGGAUGAUCCUCAUUUGUUCAAAAUUGGGGCUGAUCAAUUGUUGAGAAGGUGUAUAUCCAAUGAUGAGACCAAUGGACAAGCGGAGGUGUCAAACAGGGAAAUCAAGCGUAUUCUAGAGAAGACUGUGGCAUCUUCAAGAAAAGAUUGGUCAAUGAAGUUGGAUGAUGCACUCUGGGCAUACAGAACUGCUUAUAAAUCUCCCACAGGUUUAUCCCCAUUCCAGCUGGUAUAUGGUAAGUCAUGUCACUUACCGGUUGAACUGGAGCACAAGGCAUUCUGGGCCUUGAAAUUCUUGAAUUUUGAUCCAAAGGCAGCAGGAGAAAAGAGAAAAUUACAGUUGCAAGAAUUGGAAGAAAUGAGACUCAGCGCUUAUGAGUCCUCUAAGCUCUACAAGGAAAAGAUGAAAGCUUAUCAUGACAAGAAAAUUCUCAAAAGAGAAUUUUAUCCUGGUCAAUCAGUGUUAUUAUUCAAUUCCAGGUUGAGGCUAUUCCCUGGAAAGCUAAAAUCAAAGUGGUCAGGACCAUUUCUUGUCAAGAAUGUGAGACCUUAUGGAGCCAUUGAACUAGAGGAUCCUGAAUCUAAAAGGAGCUGGGUUGUAAACGGGCAAAGGUUGAAGCCCUAUCUUGGUGGUGAGAUUGAUAAGCUCGCCACAAUCAUUCAACUUGAUGAACCUUAA